AUGGUUAAUAAAGUAGAAGAACCUCAUAAUGAUAAUAGUGACACUGAACUAGAGCAACCAAACCAUAAAAAGGUUAAGCUAAAUAAAAUCUGUGGAGGAAGUAAAGUUAGAAGUUGGAUCUGGAAAUACUUUGAACCUGGUUUUAAAGAAGGAGUAAGGUAUGCAGUUUGUCAAGUAGCAAUAAUAGUUAGAAAGAAAUGUGAAAAAACCUAUAAGGUUGGUACAUCUACUAGUAAUUGCUCUGAACAUCUUGCAAAUAUUCAUGGAAUAACUAAGGAGCAAGAGGAAGCUAAUGUUGAUGCAAAUUGA